AACCACCACCCUCUCCCAUUUUCUCUUCCGAGAAAUCAGUAAGUUUUCCCAGAAAAUCGCAUCUUAUUUUCCAUCCAAACACCCAGCAAGACUGCUAGCUAGGUAGGUUUUUGUGGGCGUGGCCGUGAGGCCGAAAUUGAAUUAAGUUAUGCUCCCGACGAUGCCCAGCAAGCUAAGGAAGGCAUUUGGGGCAGUGAAAGACCAGACCAGCAUCAGCCUCGCCAAGGUUUCGAGCACCAGCGCCGCCAACCUCGAGGUAUUGAUCCUCCGGGCCACCACCCACGACGAAAUCCCCAUCAACGAGCGCUACGUCAAUGAAAUCCUCCUCCUCGUCUCCUCCGACAAAACCUACGCCGCCGCCUGCGCACAGGCCAUUUCCAAACGCGUCGGCCGGACUCGCAACUGGGUCGUCGCCGUCAAGUCCCUCAUGCUUGUCCUUCGAACCUUCCAAGACGGCGAUCCCUAUUUCCCUAAAGAAGUUCUCCAUGCAAUGAAACGCGGCGCAAAAAUCCUCAACCUUUCCAGCUUCCGCGACGACUCCAAUUCCAGCCCCUGGGAUUACACCGCCUUUGUCAGAACAUUUGCUCUGUACCUCGACGAGCGGUUGGAUUGCUUUCUCACAGGAUUUAUGAAUGUUACAUCAACAGGGAAGCUUCAACGGCGUGUUUCGUACAGGCAAAGAGAAAGCAUCCACCAGAGAAUCGGGCGGGCGGUGGCAUCGCCGGUCCGAGACAUGAAACCGGCAAUGCUGCUGGACAGAAUCACAUACUGGCAGCGUUUGAUUGACAGAGCUAUAGCCACAAGACCCACCGGCGAAGCCAGAACCAACCGGCUGAUCCUCAUUACGCUUCACGCAAUCGUCCAGGAGAGCUUCGAUCUCUACCGCGACAUCUCCGAAGGCCUGGCGCGUCUUCUAGACAGCUUCUUCCACUUGCAAUACCAAUCUUGCGUCAGCGCAUUCCAAGCCUGCGUCAAAGCCACCAAACAAUUCCAGCAGCUUUCCUCUUUCUACGACUUCUGCAAGAGCAUCGGCGUAGGGAGAACCUCCGAGUACCCCAGUGUGCAAAAGAUAUCCGAGGAGCUCAUUGAGACAUUGCAAGAUUUCUUGAGAGACCAAGCUUCGUUUCCUAGUCAUCACGGUCGGAUAUCGCCGUUGCUCCUCCCUGCGCCUCCUCGGAAGGCGACUGGCGGCAAGGAUCGGGGUUCGAGUUCUGAGCGGUUUCCUUAUAACGACCAAUCAGACGCGCCGGAGAGGUUGUCGCAAGACAGAGGAUUGGGUUCCGGCAGAUCUCGGUGCACGUCACUGGAGGAUCUAAUGAGCAUUACGGGUUCCGUACAUGAAGAAAAGCAGUCUACACUUGAGGAUUUCAUUAGCAUUGCUAAUGAUUCAGUUGUCGAUGCUGAGUUGGAAAAACAAAAACAAGAACACGAACAAGAACAAGAGAAUAAUAAAACCUCGGAGAAUCAGAAAGAUUGUUGGGAGAGUGUUUUGUUCGAGUCUACAAACGGAGCCAAUGGGUUUGAGCCCUCGGUUGAUUCACUUCCUCAACACCACCAAUAUAACCCAUUUUUACAAGACACAAGCACAGAAAAUGACAGGGGGUUUUCAGCUACUCCCACAUUUCAUGCGGCGGCGGCGCUGCCGACAUUUCUUGCCAACAAUCCCCAGGAGACGAUGAUAUCAGGAAUUCAGAAUGAAAACGACCCAUUUGCUGCACACCCUGGAGGUGCAAUGGCCGAUGAACAAGUGUCAAAUGGGUCGCCAAUGAAUGAGAAAAGUCUGUUGGAUGAGCAACAGUUGUGGUUGGAGAACCAGAGCAAGAUCAUUGCAAAGCAUAUGGCUUGAUUUGUGGAAAUAGAAGACACAUGGAAUUUUGUAAAUUAGUAUUUUAUUUGUUUGUAUAGUCAUGGUUAUCAAACUUUUUUGAGUUUGUUUUCUUCUCUGCAUUAACAAGAUCACACACUGACAAACACUCAUGGAGAAGAGUCAAAGGGAGAGUUUGGGCUUUUGCCAAUGGACCUUUUUUGUGUCAAUAUUCAUGCAGUUUGCCAAUGGGUCUCUUCAGGCUCUGUAGCCCCUACCCAGCUGCCCAAGCCUGUUGGUAUGGGCUGUGGCUCUGGAUGGAUGGAUGGAUGUAAUUUUUUUAUUUUUUUUAUUUUUUAAAUGCAAUGUAAGUUUU